AUGCCGGCCUACAAACCGACAACGAUCAACGCGUCCCUCUUCCCUGACGGCGACACGGCCGAGGACGAGAGGGUGGAACACGCCCCCGGCGACGCUUCGAAGGCCAACAAGAGGCGAUGGGGACUGAAGAAGGCGCCAAAGACCGGCAGGAUGAUGCGCAAUCUCGGCGACGAGGGCGAGGAGCGUCCAGACGAGAAGGCGCCUCCCUCCACCCAACCCUCGACUCGGCGGUCAUCCUUGACGGCUGUCAACGCGCAAGACACGCUCGACUCGGAGAAGGCUGAGAAGGGUCAAGGCAGCGAGAGGCCAAAGGCGGAAGGACUCGACGGCUACGACAAGAACAAGAUUGUGCUCGUUCAGUUCGAGGAGGGAGACCCCGAGAACCCGCUCAACUGGUCUCGCGCGCGGAAAUGGGUCAUCACCAUCCUCCUCGAUGCCAUGACCGUCAUGAUCGGUCUUUCGACCACCGCCUACUCGUCUGGCAUCGGCUCGAUGACUGAAGAGUUUGGCGUCGCGAACGUCGUCGGCCAGAUCGGCAUGACCACCUUCAACGCGACCUGCGCCAUAGCGCCCUUGUUCCUUGCACCGCUUUGCGAGCUUGUCGGCCGUCGCGAGAUCUACCUCGGCGCGUACCUCUGCUUCACCCUCAUCUUCAUUCUCCUCGCUCUCUCGCCCAACAUCACCGGCAUCCUCAUCGGACGUGCCUUGUCUGGCCUCUUUGGCUGCGUCGGUACCAUCCUUGUCGGCGGGACUCUCGCAGACAUCUGGAACACCCGCGACCGCGGUCUUCCCAUGUCGACCUUCACCUUCAGCGCCAUUUUCGGUACGGUCGCUGCGCCCAUCUACUGCGGCUACAUCGACCAGGCUAUUGGCUGGCGGUGGAUUGAGUGGAUCCACAUGAUCGCCUCCGGCGUGCUCCUCGUUCUCGAGAUCUUCCUGCUCAAGGAGACUCGCGGCGCCAAGAUCCUCGCUCAGCGGGCGAAGAAGCUGCGCAAGGAGACCGGUCGCAACAACAUUCGCGCGCCUAUCGAGCUUGAGAACGAGUCGGUCAAGGACCUGCUCAAGACUUCCUGCACCAAGUCCUUCAUCCUUCUCGUCCGCGAGCCGACUAUUCUCGCCUUCGGUCUCUGGAUCGCGUACGCCUGGUUCCUCACCUUCCUCUUCCUCUCGGCCAUCCCGCUCGCCUUCCAGCACACCUCUCGCGCCUGGCCCGAAGGAAACAGCGGAUUGCCUUACAUCGCCCUCGUCAUCGGCUGCUUUAUUGGAUUCGGCACGUCCAGGUGGACCGACUCGAUCUACGACCGCAAGCGCGCGGACAACAACGGCGUUCCCGUCCCCGAGUACAGGCUCUGGGGAGCCAUGUACUUUGCAUGGCUCAUGCCCGCCGGAUUGUUCAUCUUCUCCUUCACCCAGUACGGCUUCGUGCACUGGAUGGGCCCGAUGGUUGCGCUUGUCCUCAUCCUCGUCGGAAUUUAUCACAUCUUCAACGCCACAUACAACUACACGUCCGACUAUACCCCCGAGAACGCAUCGAGCGCCAUCGCCGGUCAAGGUCUCUUGCGUAACCUUGCUGGCGCAGCUUCUCCCCUCUUCGCGAACCAAAUGUUCAGGGGCAUGGGCUACCAAUACGCCGGCCUGCUCCUCUCGCUCGUCGCCUCGCUCGCCAUCCCCCUCCCCUACCUCCUCUUCCGCUUCGGCGAGCGCAUCCGCGCCAAAUCCAAGUUUGCCAGCUCGAACGAGGCGUUGGAGAAGGAACGCACGACGGACGAGAAUGUGGACGAGAGACCGAGGAUCGCGAGGGAGGCGACUUAUUCUGGGUCGUUCGUUUGA